AUGAACAAUCGGAAAUUAUGGAUUUCAAAACAAAUUUUAAAAUAUUCAGCCACUCCUAGAUCGAUAAAAUUAAGGAAAAAUCAUACACUAUUGCAGAAUUUAAAUAAAUCAAUUACAAUUCAAAAUAACAGAUUAUUGCAAAUACAAAAUUUAAAAAGGUUAAUGUCUUCAGAUAGUGCAACACAAGCUAUUGGGCGGCAUUGCUUCCAUAAAGAACUAGAAGAUAUUAUGAACGAACAAGCUAUAGAAGAAUUUAAUGCUGCUUAUGCUUAUCUUACAAUGGCCUUACAUUUUGGUCGGACCGAUAUAGCCUUACCCGGCUGUCAAGGCUUUUUUAUGAACAUGUACGAAGAAGAGUUAGGUCAUGCUACCAUUUUUUUAAACUAUGUACUAAUGAGGGGAGGACAUGCAACUUUAAAAGACAUUAAAGUCCCCGAAUGUACAAAAUAUGACGUAAGAGGAGCUUUUAAAACUGCCAUGAAAAUGGAGAUGCACAUUAAAGAAAGGUUGAGUGCUGUUAAUGAUGUCGCAGAGAAGCAUAAAGACCUUCAUGUCAUGGAUUUAAUAUCAACGGAAUUUAUGGAAGAACAAAAUCGGUCUAUUUGUGAAAUGGCCAGGCUUUAUACCAGAUCUAAAAUGGUGGAUACACAUGUAGGGGAACAUCUAUUCGAUCAGUUUAUAUUUAAGUCAUUUGUUGCAACCGAAAAAGAUAAUUUAAUGAAUAAGCGCAACUUAGAUUUGGAAAAGAGCAAAUUUGAUGUUUAUAGAUAA